CGACCCCAGAUUCUAUUUUCACUGCUCCUCCCAGGAUAAAGAGCAGUUCGCCAGCACGAGCGGAGCAGCUCGUUUCAGACUAGGAUGAAGUCCAGCAGCACAGCGCACACCGACAGCUUCACCUCUGACCCGGACAGCGGUUCCGACACCUCGGACGGCUGCAGCCUGCUGGGGGAGUCCGUACAGGAGGAGGAGCCGGUGGCCUAUCCUGACGCCCCGAGGCGGACAAGGAGGCAGCAGAGGAGCGGCGGAGAGGCGCGUCUGUCAGGAGUCAGCAAACAGAGGCAGGCAGCAAACGCGCGGGAACGAGACCGAACCCACAGCGUCAACACGGCCUUCAUGGCGCUUCGUACCCUCAUCCCUACCGAACCCGCGGACCGGAAGCUGUCCAAGAUCGAAACCCUGCGCCUGGCCUCCAGUUACAUCUCUCACCUGGCCAACGUGCUGCUGCUGGGAGAAGACUGCCGGGACGGACAGCCAUGCCUCCGAUACCAGGACAUCCUGCAUGGCCCCGCCGCGAUCAACGCCUCUUCGGUUCGGCCCAUCUGUACCUUCUGCCUCGGCAACCAGAGGAGACAGAGCUCAACCCAGGUACGACCCUUUCAGUCACGCCCCGCACCCUCCAGCCCAGAGGCAGCCAUGGGCCCCACCCAGACUGACCAGGUAGUGACCCAGUUGCAGAUCAAUCCAUCCGCUUCACCACAUCUGGAAGGCAGCCGCAUCGUUGACGCCCCCUCACAAAGUCCUUUUUUUUACAGUUCAUAGUUCUUUGGUAAUAUGGACCCCCUCCCACACAAGAGUCCUUUUUAGAGUUCUUUUCUUUGGUCUUUGAGCUCCAUCACAUGGCAUGUUGUGUAAAGGCCGCCAGACCUCAGUUUCGUCACAUGCUGACUCCAUCACAUCGCACAGACAAGUUGUCAGAACAGGUGUCUUUGGAGAUUAACACCCUGGACCACGCUUCAACUGUGCCCCUGAUCCGCCCUUUUGAGUUUGACAGGCAUGGACCAUGGUGUAUUUAGGACUGUCUGCCCAGGCUUGAUUCCCAGUCACAAGAAUAAGAACCCACAGUACCCCCAAACUAGAGGCCAGAAUGCGACCUAUGAUCGCCCCUCAAUUGAGCUCUGAACAUCAACAUGCAACCAUCGUGUGACAGCUACAUUAUUACUUGUUUAGCAAGUGUCGGAUUUGAAUUUGAGCCCAUAUAGAUACUUUAUGACUUAUUAGGGCACUGAACAGCUCUGUGGCCUAAAUCCCCACAAGUGAAACAUCUCAUAGACGCCUGCUGAAUUUUUCUCUGAACAUUUUCUAAUCUGAGAUGUUUUCUCUUUCCCAUAGUCACAUUAUUUUGCCCCUCAUCCCAUAAUGGCUGUGAUGGUAACCCUUGAGUUAGUUUAUUUACAGUUAUCUCCAGUUGAUUUACUCUGUCUAUAAGCUCUUUCAGCUGACCAUCAGUACACCGUGCUUGAUGUAGACCUGUCACAUUCUUUGUUGACACGCUCCCCAUCCCCAUGUCUAACUCACAUUCUGUCUGACAGCCUAUGAUAACCAAUUGCUUUUGUCCGGAGCCCAUGAAUAUGCCAGACCGAUCCAUUUUGGAGGUUUUUAAUAAACCGGCUAACAAGCGUAUAUUUUUGUGUAUUUAUUUUGAACAGGCUCUGAAGAUUAAAACGGAAAAAUAACUUUGACACCCGGUUGUAAGGGAAGAGGACUUAUUUAAAUAAGCCUCUCUUACAUACUUCUCAUAAUCUAGUUAUGAGAGAAGUUUUUACCAAGGUAUUUCUCAUUACUUUAAUAUUUUGACUGUGCAAAGUGAAAAGUGACGCAAUAAGGGAAC